GUAUUAAAUUUAAUUAUGAAAUCAAAUAACAAUGGGUGAGCUACAAUACACUACCAAAGUACAUUUACAUCACAUUAAAUCAAUGGUUCAAUCAUUUCUCAUAUGCAUACAUAGUGAUUUAUGACCGUUUUAUCAGAACUUACAUGUGUCCGGUGACAGAUUCAAAUCCGCUCUGGCUCAGCCACUAAUUAAUAUUAACAUCCAACAAAUCAUAUCAAUUAUCAUUUUGAAAAAACACGUACGACUCGAUCGCAACAUGUAACAUGCAAAAAGUAACCGUAACUCAAACCCACCGCCUGUCACAUGGUUUGUCCACUGCAAAAUAAAUGAUCUCCUUGUGGAACUCUACUUGCUUUUGCUUCAAGAAAGUUUAUGCCCAUCGUCCUUUCUUCUUGUUUGGUUUAAUUUCAUUCAUUAAUUUGGGCAAGAAAAAUGAGUUUUCAGUAGAAUUUGGUACGUAGUUAUGAGCCAACAUGUCAUGAUCAAGUUACGAGACUCUGAAAAUCUUAGCUACAGAACACACAACAUCAAAAGAGAAAGAAGACAUUCAUUCGAUAACGAAACAUGCAUAAACUUGAUGUAUACUCAACACAUGCACGACAUACCUAAAAUCUUUCAUAUCAUAGAAUCAAAAUUUUCUAUUAGGUUCACAAAAACACACCCACAUGAUUCUUCAUUUCUUCCCCCAUUCAAAUCCAUGGAUAUAAAUGAAUGCAAGCUAAGCAGAGGCCAUAGUCCCUAAUGUAUCUCAUCAUCACUCAAUCUUCAAUACCCUAAAAAAGAGCAUUCUCGUUGCUAGCUACUUCCACAAUGACGAUCCUCGCAGUCGCAGAGCUUCUUAUAGCAUUCAUCGCCCUCUUCGCUUCGGGAGCUGAACCUAUGACGUUAACCUUCAAGAACAACUGCCCGUACACGGUAUGGCCGGGAACCCUCACCGGCGGCGGCUCGCCUCAGCUCUCUACCACCGGCUUCGUCCUAUCCUCCAAGGCAUCAUUCCGCAUCGAUGACGUCCCUCCCAACUGGAGCAGCGGCCGUUUGUGGGCUCGGACCCACUGCACCACCGAUUCGGCCACCGGCAAGUUCGCCUGCCUCACCGGCGACUGCGCUUCGGGUCAGGUGCAGUGCAACGGUGCCGGUGCCAUCCCGCCGGCUUCUCUAGUGGAGUUCACCCUGAACGGAAGCGGCGGGCUCGAUUUCUACGAUGUGAGCCUCGUGGACGGGUUCAACCUGCCGGUCUCGAUCACACCGCAGGGAGGAGGGAGCUGCAGCGCCACCAGCUGCCCGGCCGACGUGAACGCAGCCUGUCCGCCGCAGCUCGCGGUGAAGGGCCCCGACGGGAGCGUGAUCUCUUGCAAGAGCGCGUGCCUUGCGCUGAACGAGCCGCGUUACUGCUGUAGCGGCGAUUUGAACACGCCGGAGAAGUGCCCGCCGACGGAGUACUCGAAGUUGUUUAAAGACCGGUGCCCUCAGGCUUAUAGCUAUGCUUAUGAUGAUGGGACCAGCACGUUUACUUGUCCCACCGGCCAGGAUUACUUGAUCACAUUUUGCCCUUGAAUUUAUAAUGAAUCAGGGUAAUAAUAACCACGCAGUAAUAUUUAGCAAUUUACAUGUACGAUCUUGAUACGUAUUCAAGGUGUAGUGAGUAAAAAAUAAGACAAAGAGAAUGGUUUAUAAGAAAAUGUAAGCCAAUUCCAUUGUUAAUUUCUGUCACAGCUCACAACCAACUAGUUUUAAUAACUUAAAAUAAUAUUAAAAAAAUUUAUAUAUGAAUCUUAAUCACUUCCUUAUAAAUUCGUUUUUCUUAUCAUCGAUCUCCACCUAUUAUUGGAAUGAACUAUAUAUUGUAUUAGAAUCUUUGUUGAUGACUUGAUGUUACACCAAAAAAAAAAAUCUUUGUUGAUGUUACUUAAAAAAGGUAAAGAAUCUCA